AGAGAACGGAAGUAAGCCUCGGAAGGGUUAUUAUAGACGUUACACAGCCGGUCUAUGGUUGUUGCUGGUCUGGAUUUCGGGUCGGUUAAAGUUGAAGGUGCACUUUAUGUCAGUCUUGACAGUACAAAAAGAUUCAUUUGCAUCUGUAACUCCAAAAGAUAAUCAGAAUGACUACAGGAGCAGAUGUCCGGGAUAUACUUGAACUGGGUGGCCCAGAAUCUGAAAACAUAGGAACUAUUAAUAAGAAAGAUAUCAUCAAUUCUGAUAAGAAAAAAUCCAAGAAAUCAUCAGAGACCUUAACAUUUAAGAGACCAGAAGGAAUGCACCGAGAGGUCUACGCACUGUUGUAUUCUGAUAAAAAGGAUGCACCCCCCCUUUUACCAAGUGACACAACACAGGGUUAUCGUACAGUGAAGGCAAAACUUGGUUCCAAGAAAGUGAGACCUUGGAAGUGGAUGCCAUUCACAAACCCUGCUAGAAAAGAUGGUGCGAUGUUCUACCACUGGAGAAGGGCAGCAGAAGAGGGCAAGGAUUACCCUUUCGCCAGAUUCAACAAAACAGUACAAGUUCCAGUCUAUUCAGAGCAAGAGUAUCAAAUGUAUCUUCAUGAUGAUGCUUGGACAAAAGCUGAAACAGACCACCUAUUUGACUUAUCGCGACGUUUUGACCUCCGUUUUGUGGUCAUUCAUGACCGCUAUGAUCACCAGCAGUUCAAAAAACGGUCAGUAGAAGACCUAAAGGAACGUUAUUAUCAUAUCUGUGCAAAGUUAGCCAACAUUCGUGCAGCUCCAGGUACAGACCUGAAAAUCCCAGUAUUUGAUGCUGGCCAUGAGAGGCGCCGGAAGGAACAAUUAGAAAGGCUGUACAACCGAACACCAGAACAGGUGGCAGAAGAAGAAUAUCUAAUCCAGGAGUUGAGGAAAAUUGAAGCCAGGAAGAAAGAGAGGGAGAAGCGGACACAAGAUUUGCAAAAACUCAUUACAGCUGCUGACACAACCACUGAACAAAGACGUGCAGAGCGCAAGGCACCUAAGAAAAAGCUACCACAGAAAAAAGAGACCGAGAAACCUGCUGUCCCUGAAACAGCUGGCAUCAAGUUUCCAGAUUUCAAGUCUGCUGGUGUUACGCUGAGGAGUCAAAGGAUGAAACUGCCAAGCUCCGUGGGACAGAAGAAGAUUAAAGCCUUGGAGCAGAUGCUGAUGGAACUCGGAGUAGAUUUGAACCCGAUGCCAACAGAAGAAAUUGUUCAGAUGUUCAACGAGUUGCGCAGUGAUCUGGUGCUACUAUAUGAGCUCAAGCAAGCCUUUGCAAACUGUGAAUAUGAGCUGCAGAUGUUGCGCCACCGCUAUGAGGCACUAGCCAAAGCAGGUAGCACAGGACCUAGCACAGACGGCGGCUCACAUCCCGAUGGACAGUCAGGCACAGAAGAAGGCAAGGGUGACAGCAAGGAGCAGAUCAUUGAUGUGGUGGGAGCACCCCUCACACCUAAUUCUAGAAAGCGCAGGGAAUCUGCCUCCAGUUCCUCAUCUGUCAAGAAGGUGAAGAAGCCAUGAUUAGCACAAUGGUCCAAGUUCAGGAUCUUGGAGGACCAAGUUACCGACUGCUGGUGCAAGAAGGAUAUGUCUCCCCAUACGGUAGUAGGGACCAUUAUGUUGAAGAACUUUGUUUGCCUUUGCUUACAUCAGGAAGAAGGGUGUUUACUUCUUUACUGCCCUAGUAAAGAAGAGGCCGAGCGCAAACCCCUGAAUUUAUUGUUGCUGUGAUUUUAUUGUAUAUUUUUCCUAUUCCUGUGUUUUAUAAACGUUGAUGUAAAUAUAGAAUCCGUAAUCUUGUUCCAGAAUCAGUAGUCAUUGAGAGGGAAGGGCAGGAGGAUAGACCCCUGUAUCAAGGAGUUGGGGUUGCAUUUUGUGCUGGAAUGGGCAUGGGCUGUGUAAUUAAAGUUAUGGUAGACAUGGCAUCACAUUAUCAAUGGAGAAAACUGACCCCUGGUUGAGCAGUAAUUCCAACUGCCUCCUCCGAUUCUCAUAAAGUUUGCAUAUGUUUCUCUGUGGCUUAGCAGGCCAGCUUACAGGAUACCCAUAACCUAAAUCGUUCUCCCAAGGUUUCAUCAUGUUAAAGAAAACUUAUUAAUUCAGAGCCACUGCAUCUAAAUAAGGUAUUAAACAAGGGAUGUUUACCCCCUUGACAGUUGGGUGAGGCAAAUAUACAUUGCAAUAACCAUUAUUUUUAGAGUCAUUCUCUGCUGGACUGAAGGAGACUCCUUUUGCUAUUAUAGCACAUCUGUUGGAUUAGUGUGCUAGUAGCUUUAGUAAAACAUUGGCUCAGCCAUUUCUAACUUCAAGUGGACUGGGAUUUCCAAUCAGUGUGAAAUAAUUGUUCUGAAGGAUCCUCAUAGCACAACCCUUCCUUUUUUAUUUAGAAACAAAUCCCUCUGUGUUCUGUGUAAUAUUGAGAAAUGUGAAGAUCUCAUUUUUAUUGUAAUGCUGUUGAUGGCCCAGUUUUCGUUUGAAUCAUCUGAAAGUGCUGUCUGGUAUGGCAGUUGUGUCAGUUCCCCUGAAGUAGCAAGCUAAAUAAAUGCUGGUUAUUUUU